AUGGUCAAGACGUUCAUCGGUUGGGUCUGGAGGAAAUUGUGGUGGGCGUGGUAUCUGGCCAUUAUUCUGGUCGUGUGCUACACCAGGGAAUGUUUGCGGAAAAAGGCCAUCUGGGACGGAGUGGCAGUUUUUAUGGAUUCAUUGACACCAAAAUUUUACAUUGCUCUUACAGCAACUUCAUCAUUCAUCUCGGCUUUAAUAAUGAUACUAGAGUGGAUAUAUUUCCAAAAAUAUGGAGUAUCAUUUAUUGAGCAGUUUUCACUCAAUUAUAUUAGUCCGUGGAUUGGUGGAGGUAACGAUAAUAAUCAACAAGUACCAGAAUGCAAAGUAUGGAGAAAUCCAUUAGGACUUUUUCGCGGUGCAGAAUAUUCAAGAUACUACAAUUUUACCAAAAGAGAACCUUUGACAUUUUACGAUAUGAAUUUAUCAGCUCAAGACCAUCAGGCAUUUUUCAUUUGUGAUGCAGAUAAUGGAAAACCAGAUUACGAAAUAAUGCAAGCUGCAUGGAGGGAAAGGGUACCUGCUGCAAGAGUGAAAGCUGCACAUUUGGCUUUAGAAAAAAAUGCAGACUGUGUCACAGCUCUUAUCAUGUUAGCUGAAGAGGAAGCACCAACUAUGUUAAAAGUUGAAAAAAUUUUACGUAAAGCAUUAAAGCUAGCUGAAGCAAACUACAAAAAAACACAAAAAUCUCAUCAUCUGGAUUCUAAUAUUGAAAUGCAACACAGACGAGAUUUAAAUGUUUUGAUAUAUAUCAAAAGGCGGAUAGCUAUGUGUUGUAGGAAACUAAGAAAGUUAAAAGAAGCUGUGAAAAUGUUUAGAGACUUAAGCAAGGAAAUGCCUCCGAUAAUGAACAUACUUAAUGUUCACGAAAACUUAAUAGAAGUACUAUUAGAAACGCAGUCAUAUGCCGAUGUACAAUCGGUACUAGCCAAAUACGAUGAUAUAAAUCUACCUAAAUCGGCGGUCAUCUGUUAUACUUCUGCAUUGUUAAAAAUCCGUGUUAUCGCUGACAAAUAUAAUGUAGGAAAUACAUUGAAAAAAGGGCUUACCCAAGCUGAAGAAGUGGCGCUUGAAGCUAUUCACCGAGCCGUGGAAUUUAAUCCGCAUGUUCCAAAAUAUUUACUGGAAAUGAAAUCAUAUAUUUUUCCUCCUGAACACAUACUAAAAAGAGGAGAUUCAGAAGCUGUGGCGUACGCAUUUUUUCACUUGGCACACUGGAAACGGAUAAAAGGAGCAUUGGCGGUGCUUAAUGUAACAUGGGAAAGUGCGUUUAACCAAAUUCCAUACCCUUUAGAAAAAGGAUAUUUAUUCCAUCCCUAUCCCACAUGUACUGAGUUGGCCGACAGAGAACUAUUACCAACUUAUCAUAAAGUAAGCGUUUUUCCAAAAAAGGAUUUGCCAUUCUUUAUUCAUUUUACGGCUGGUCUAAGUUCCUUUUCAGCAUUACUCGCUCUGCUGAUAUAUCUCCAUCCACAAUUCACAGGAAAUCUUGUUUAUAUUAUAUGCAUGUGGAUUAUUGUGCCAGUAAACUAUUGUCUUGAUCGUUUAGAGACAAUGCUUCCGAGUAAUGUUAUGGAUAUUCUCUCUAACAUUUGA